UAAUAUCUCUCAAGAAUAUAGCAGAGCCGUGAUCCUUCUUAGCCUGUAUACCAAAGGGCUCUAGAAAUGAUAUCUGUUGAAGAACAAAAUCGCUGCUUUGUUCCAGUUCGAAGAAUACUAAAUAAUAAUGAUUUAAACCUUUUUAAAGAAUCAGAGGCCUAUCGCUUAAUUGAUUCGUUUAUUUGUGAUCUAAAUGAAAGUAUCCAAGACAAGCCGAUUUCAGCUGAGGUAAAGCUGAGUCCGUCUAUUGAGUACAUUCUCUUGAUUCUCAAAAGAGUAGAAGAAAUACUCAAUUUGAAUCCCCCCGUUGAAAACAAAGGUUCUCGUUUCGGAAACCCAGCAUUCGAGUCAUUUUACGAUCAGGUCGAAUGUGAGUGUCCUACAUUACACGCAGCAUUUGGGCUGGAGGAGAAUGCAAUAGGAGAGGCUGGAAAGUACUUUUACGAGAGUUUUGGUAAUAGGAAAAGAAUAGACUAUGGAAGUGGUCAUGAACUUAACUUUAUGACUUGGCUUCUUUCCUUACGAAGACUGGACAUUCUUACGAAAGAAGAUUAUCCUGCUAUUGUUCUUCGAAUUUUUGUGCAGUACAUCAACUUGAUGAGGUUGAUACAGACAACCUACUUCUUGGAACCUGCCGGUUCUCAUGGAGUCUGGGGAUUAGAUGAUUUUCACUUUCUUCCUUUCCUUUUUGGCUCUUCUCAGUUAGUGCAUCAUAAAUAUUUGCGUCCGAAACAUGUGCGCGAUCCUGAAAUCCUUGAAAUGUGUGCAAAUGACUAUAUGUAUCUGGGAUAUGUUCGAUUCAUUAAUGAAUUGAAACCAAAUGUUUCGCUACGAUUUCAUUCGCCUAUGAUUGAUGAUAUCUCAAGCGUCAAGACAUGGGCAAAGGUCAAUGAAGGUAUGAUUAAGAUGUACCGUGCUGAAGUUCUUUCCAAGCUUCCCAUUAUGCAACAUUACUUAUUUGGAUAUUUGAUUCCGGCAGUACCGAGUAUGUCUGCGGCUCCUCAAGAAGGAGAAGAUGCCGAAAUUAGUCAUAUUCAUUCAACUUAUGGGGAUUGUUGUGGAAUUAAGAUCCCUAGUGCAAUUGCUGCAUCAAAGACCGGCUGGCGUCGCCUGCCUUUUGACUAAAAAUCCGUUACGAUAUUUUUCUUUAUAGACAUGUAAAUUUUUUCCUACUAAGAUAUUGCUAUUUAUUAUAUAAGAAGAGCUAUACGAUAUUUUUUUUUUUUUCUUUUUUAGAUUUACGAGUUCCACGUGCUUGCUACUUUUCAGUGCAACUUCCCUUACUAAUGUACCCGUUAGAAAACGAAAUGAAUGAAAUUGAUAAGACAAGGAACAUUUACCAUUUCAUUUUGCAAGCAGUUACACGG